UUGGUAAAUACUAUUAGUCGAAACCUUUAAAUUGUCUAAAAGGGAAAUUUUCCUUAGUGUUGUGCAAUUGUUCAGGGCCCAAUACUUUAAAGCGUUUAUAUACGACAACAGAGUUCGUGUUACUUUUAUAUUAAUUUUAAAACAUUAUUGGUGCUACAUACGCCACGACUUCCUCUGUCUUAUUGUUGCCUUUACAGUUUUUGCGACGUCAAUUUUUAUUCCAAAGCUAAGUUACUGGGUGUCCCUGAAGGCGAUAUUAUUGUUGUUCUUCCCUGUCUGGUUUUUGCAUGCGUUGAUGUGUCGAUUUAUUGAAUAGUUUGAUGCCUGGGUGACCAUAACCUCUGCUUAAUACAUUAAUAACAGAUUUUAUAGGGCGUCUUUUAACUUUAGACCUGCGUUUAAGUACCUAAGGACGUCGCUAGCUUGUCUUUAAACGUUAAAGCUACAUGCUAGCUCAUGCUGCUGUAAAUAAACUGGGAAGAUCCACAGGAGACACACAGGAGAUACCUUGUUAACGCAAUUUGGGGCAAGUUAAUAGGGCUCAGUAGGGUUUACACACCUCUGGAUUAGUUCUCCAUGAGGAUAAAAUCUAUGAUGGGCAUGCCCACUCGGAUAGAGUGUAUAUUUUUCAGUGAAUUUCACCCUACUCUGGGUCCCAAGAUAACAUAUCAGGUUCCAGAAGAGUACAUCUCACGGGAGCUCUUUGACACCGUUCAGGUUUAUAUCAUCACCAAGCCAGAGCUACAAAACAAAUUAAUAACAGUCACUGCAAUGGGAAAAAAGUUAAUUGGCUGCCCAGUGUGCAUCGAACAUAAGAAAUAUAGCCGAAAUGCCCUCCUGUUUAACCUUGGCCUUGUUUGCGAUGCCCAAACCAAUACUUGCAGCCUCGAGCCUAUUGUUAAGAAGCUAUCUGGAUACCUUACAACUCUGGAGCUGGAGAGCGGCUUUAUAUCCAAUGAGGAGAGCAAACAGAAGCUUUUACCCAUUAUGUCAACUUUGUUAGAGGAUCUUAAUGCCACGGGAGCCUGCACCCUACCCAUUGAUGAGUCUAACACCAUUCAUCUAAAGCUGAUCCAGCUGCGAAAAGACCCCCCAAUAGUUCAGGAGUACGACGUGCCAGUCUUUACCCAGUGCAAAGACCAUUUUAUCAAGUCUCAGUGGGAUCUCACCACUCAACAGAUUCUUCCCUACAUCGAUGGAUUUAGACACAUCCAGAAAAUUUCUGCUGAAGCAGACGUUGAGCUGAAUCUUGUUCGUAUUGCAGUGCAGAAUCUCCUGUACUAUGGUGUUGUGACUCUGGUGUCAAUUUUCCAGUACUCUAAUGUGUACUGCACCACCCCAAAAGUCCAGAGCCUCAUAGAUGACAAGUCCAUUCAGGAGGAGUGCCUUAACUACGUCACUAAGCAGGGUCAGAAACGCGCAAGUCUAAGAGAUGUGUUCCAGCUGUAUUGUGGGCUAAGUCCGGGAACAACAGUCCGAGACCUUUGCUCACGCUACUCACAGCAGCUUCAAAGGGUCGACGAGAGGAGGCUGAUCCAGUUUGGACUAAUGAAGUGUCUUAUUCGGCGGCUGCAGAAGUAUCCCGUGAAGGUGAUCCGCGACGAGAGAAGCAGGCCUCCUCGACUCUAUACCGGUUGUCAUAGUUACGAUGAGAUCUGCUGCAAAACAGGGAUUACUUACCAGGAGCUUGAUGAACGUUUGGAAAACGAUCCCAAUAUUGUCGUGUGCUGGAAGUGAUGGGGCAGAAGGGUACAGCAGUGCCUAAGCAGCCAAAGAUGCCUUGAACUAGAGAAGGAGGUUUCUUCAAUUAACAGAGAAAAUAAUGAGUAGCAUUUUGCAGUUUUCUUAGCUUAGUUUUGUUAAAAAAAAAAAAAAAAAAACUUGAAACAUUGGAUGUCACACUCAUUAUGUGGCUAUACAAUCCAUUCAUUAAAUGGAAAAAAGGCUAAAAAUAUCUAUUUAUGUGGGUUUCAUACUUCAUACAUAUUUUGCUAUCUUUAUUGCUUUGACUCUACUUAUAACCCCAAAUUCAUCUCAUUUCUACUGCACAAAUAACAUUCCAACAUAAAAACAGAUUGCACUGCCACAUACCCUUUAGCUGAUUCUUCUCAUUCCUGGAGGGUUGAAGAUCCCUUUGCAGUUAGUUAAUGCAAUAUUAUUAGCAUUAUAUAUAUAAAACUGUUGCUAUAAUUUAAUGGAAUGCAAAAAACAACAUUGAAACACACUGGCAUGUAUUUGAAUUUGUACUUUAUUUAUAUGCUGCAUUUUUGCUCUAACGGAAGCACUGAAAGCGUUUCUUACUGCAGGAUACAUCCACCCAUUCACACACAGAUAAGGGGCAGUUUGGGUUCAUUGUUUUACCCAAGGAUAUUUAAAUAUGUCGAAUGGAAGAAUCACUGACCUUCAGAUUAGUAGGUGAUGAAACAUAUUAUUUAUAACUGUUUACAAAAUAGUAAAAACUUUUUAAUGUAACUUAGCGGCAGUAAAAUUAAUCGUGGGAGUGAAGCCCUGGAACAAGCAGGUAGAGUCUGAUGUUAUCACACUGUGAAGAAAAUAUUUGAAAUAAAAUGCUUUG